UGUAGCCGGGAGUUCUUAGGAGCGGGUGUCCCGGAGCUAUCGCGUCGCUGGACAAAUGCUGAGAUGCCGAGCGGAAGCCGCUGCCCGGAUUGCGGGUCCUCUGAGCUCGUGGAAGACUCGCAUUAUUCUCAGAGCCAGCUGGUGUGCUCCGACUGCGGCUGUGUGGUCACCGAAGGGGUCCUUACUACCACCUUCAACGACGAGGGCAACCUCAGAGAAGUGACAUAUUCCCGAAGCACCGGGGAAAACGAGCAAGUUAGCCGCAGCCAGCAGCGAGAUCUCCAUCGAGUGAGAGACCUGUGUCGGAUCUUGAAGUUGCCCCCUACGUUCGAGGAGACUGCCAUCUCCUACUACCAAAAGGCCUAUCAGCUGUCUGGCAUCCGUGCUGCGAGGCUCCAGAAGAAGGAAGUGUUAGUUGGAUGCUGUGUUCUCAUCACCUGCCGGCAACAUAACUGGCCCCUGACCAUGGGCACCAUCUGCACCCUGCUGUAUGCAGAUCUGGAUAUGUUUUCCGGCACCUACAUGCAGCUGGUGAAGCUUCUGGGGCUGGACGUGCCGGCUCUGUGCCUGGAAGACCUGGUGAAGUCUUACUGCGGCAGCUUCAAACUGUUCCAGGCUUCCUCAUCCCUGCCAGCCAAAUAUGUGGAGGACAAAGACAAGAUGCUGUCUCGAACCUUGCUGCUGGUGGAGCUGGCAAAUGAGACAUGGCUCGUGACUGGGCGCCAUCCCGUGCCUGUCAUCACUGCAGCCACCUUCCUGGCGUGGCAGUCUCUGCGGCCCUCAGACCGACUGACAUGUUCUCUUGCCCAGUUCUGUAAACUGGCAAAUGUGGACCUGCCCUACCCGGCCGCCUCCCGUCUGCAGGAGUUGCUGGCUGUGCUGCUGCAGUUGGCCGGCCAGCUGGCUUGGCUGCAGGUCCUAAAGCUUGACAAGCGGACUGUGGUGAAGCACAUUGGUGACCUCCUCCAGCACCGCCACAUGCUGAUACGCAUGGCUUUCCGAGAUGGAACAGCAGAAGCGGAGACCCAGGAGCAGCAUCCGGGGGGACAAGGACAGCAGGAAGCAGAAGAUAGUACCUUUGAUUUGCCCAAGAGGAAACGCCCAGCCAGUCCUGCACCUCUGCUCCCACCCUGUAUGUUAAAGCCUCCCAAACGGACCCAUCCCACCCCCGUUGUUUCCGUAGUGACUGGAGAUGAGAACAUUUCUGAUAGUGAAAUCGAGCAGUAUUUGCGCACCCCUCAGGAAGUUAGAGACUUUCAGAGAGCCCAGGCUGCUGGCCAGGCAGCCAUGAGUGCCCCUAACCCUCCAUGAUGCAGGUUCUUCCAGGUGUAGUCAGUAAUUCUGACUGCGAUUUGCUGAUAGGCCUGCCAUGUUGCAAGAAGUAAAGUAUAUGACCCUCGGGUAUUCCUUUUUUAUUUAGGAAACCAAGAAUAGCAGUUAAUUGGACCAAGUACCCUAGCAAUACUGGGAGGUGCAUGGGAUGUCUGUGGGUGGGAAAAUCCUGUCCCUUGGUGCAGGGGAGUACCUUGGCUGUCCACAGUCUGAGUUGGACUCCUAAGACUGCUGAAGAUCUGCCCGGCUCUCUCCUGCCGUGGUGUGAAGUCAGCACAUUGCUGUUGUGAAAGAGGUGGCAUCGACCAUUACAUGAGCAGGAGCAGCGAUUCCUGGCCCAUGUUUGCUCUGGGCUCUAGUGGUCUUGGGCUCCCACCUGCCUCCUCUACCUCAUUAACAAAAGGACCAUAGGUGGACUACGGCUGUCGCUCAGAGGGCUUUGCAAGAUUUUAAUAUAUUAAAACAAAGAGGCAUUUGCUAGAAAACAUUCUAUUGUAUAAAACCAGAGCUUUUAAAACAUGUUUUCUUUGGCACUUGGUUCCCUCCCUCCCCUUUUCCCGGCAUAUUGCAAAAAGCUCUCCAGUGCUAAGGCG